ACAACGAAAAAAAAAAAAAAAAAUCGUGUGUGUGUGUGUGGAGGGGACUCAUCACGAUUUAAUGAACCCGGCCAUGCCCACUGAACUGGAAAGCUUUCAUUCCGAAGAGUUCACUUAUUGUUGAGAGCGCACCGUCAGGUCCCCGUUGUAGAAUCAGUCCGGAGAGGAUGAGGUGUCGCUGGGUGAAGCAUGAGCUACCAGAGGAUCAGUCAUAAGCGGCUGUCUCUGCUAUGGGAGGGGGCGGCUCUCGGCAUCUGGCUCUGCUGCUGCUGCUCCUGGACCUCCAGGGCCGCCGGUGGAGCCGCCGCGGCCGCCGCCGGGCAAGGCGACGGCGCCCCCGGCCCCCUGGGCUGGCUGCUGUCCGAUAAAGGGCCCUUCCACCAGUCCCUGGAGUUCACGGAGGCUGCGGAGAGGUACCAGCAGGGCUACAACACCAGAUACAAGAUCUACAGGAUGAUUUCGCUGAUGAGCACUUUGAGCAGGAGAGGAACUAAUCAGGGAAAAGCAGCUGCUGCAGUGUUUGGAUUGAAAAACCUGCGCUCUCAGGAUUGGCCUCGCAGGGAGUUCGGUCGAUGGAAGGUCAACAGCCUGGCGGUGGAGAAGCGGGACGGUCUUGGUGGCAGCGGAGGCCUGGCUCUGCCCCUCGACCCCGACUUCAUGCACACCAUCCGCCAGCUGGGGAGGCGGCCGACCCUCCAGACGAUUACAGACAGCCUAAUCAAGAAAUAUGGCACCCACCUCCUCGUCUCUGCCACUCUGGGAGGGGAGGAAUCUUUGACGAUAUUUGUGGACAAGAGGAAGCUCGGCCAGGAGUCUUCGCCCUCGGGGGCCGAGGGCGGCCGCAGCGGCAGCAGGAACUCGAACGCCACGGGGACGGUGACCCUGGAGGCCCUCCAUCAACUGGCUGCUUCCUACUUCACCGACAGGGAGAGCACCCUGCGCCGGCUGCACCACCUCCAGAUCGCGUCCACCGCCAUACGGGUGACGGAAACCAGAACCGGGCCCCUCGGAUGCAGCAACUACGACAACCUGGACACAGUCAGCUCGGUGCUGGUUCACAGUCCGGAGAACAAGGUGCAGCUACAAGGGCUGCAGGUCAUCCUACCAGGCUACCUGCAGAGCCUGUUCAUCCAGGCAGCUCUCGACUACAUCGGCUGUAAAUCCGAGGGCCGGUUUGUGUGCCGGAACAGCGACUGCUGGUGCGAGUGCAGCGCCGACUUCCCCCAGUGUAACUGUCCUCACUCUGACCUGGACACUCUGGAAAACAACCUGCUGCGCAUCCGAGACGCCUGGAGGCUGACCAACCAGGAGUUUGAGGAGUCCGAGGAGUUCCAGAGCUUUGUGGGGAAACUGCCAACCCAUUAUGCUGUAAACACAUCUGCCGUGGAACACUUGUGGAGGACCGAUGGCAGCCUGCCCCCGCGCUACAGGCAGCUGGAGGCUAACAGCAACCAGCUUUUCGCCAAAGCCCGCCGCACCGCCAACAAGCUCUUCAGCCUCAGCAAGAGGUGCCGAAAACAGCCACAAAUGGUCCUGCAGAGGCCGAGGCCUCUGGGCUUCUGGCUGAGCUACGCCCUCUCCAUUUUGUACUGCAGCGAGAACAACCAGGUCGGCGUCUACAGCGACGAGAGCCGCAGCUGCUCCUGCCCCUACAACCAUCCGCCUUGCCAGGGCCUGAUUCCCUGCACCGUGGGCGAUGGCCCCCGCUGUGCUUCGUGCUCCACGGAGAACCGGACGCGAUGCUCCAGCUGCAACCCUGGCUUCACCCUAACCCAGGGAGCCUGCCGUCCCGCUGUGCCCGACCCCACGGACCCCUACCUGGGCUUGGAGAGCGACCGAGACCUGCAGGAUCUGGAGCUGCGCUUCCUGCUGCAGCGGCGCGACCCGCGCAUCGCCCUGCAUGGCGUGUUCGUGAGCAACGACGUGCGUGUCAACACUUGGUUUGACCCGUCCUGGAGGAAGAGGAUGCUCCUCACCCUCAAGAGCAACCGGGUGAAGUCCAACCGCGUCCACAUGCUGCUUGGACUCUCCCUCCAGUUUUGCCUCACCAGAAACAGCACUCUGGAGCCGGCCUUGUCCCUGUUUGUGAAUCCCUUCGGCGGCAGCCACUCAGAGAGCUGGACCAUGCCCAUAGGUCAGCAUGGAUACCCUGACUGGGAGCGGACCAAGCUCGAUAUCCCCUUGGACUGCUACAACUGGACGUUGGCUCUCGGAAACAGAUGGAAGAGCUUUUUCGAGACGGUUCAUUUCUACCUGAGGAGUCGGAUCAGGGACUCGGCAGUAACCAGCGGAAACAAGAACGUCACCGUGUACUAUGAGCCGCCGGAGGCCACAGAGCCGACCAACAACAUCGGCUACAUGAAAGUGAACAGCAUGCAGCUGUUCGGAUACAGCGUGCACUUUGACCCCGAGGCGAUCCAGGACCUGAUCCUGCAGAUAGACUACCCGUACACUCAGGGAUCACAGGACUCGGCCCUGCUGCAGCUGGUGGAGCUGCGCUACAGGGUUAACCGCCUCUCGCCUCCAGGGGCCCCGCACGUGGAUCUGUUCGCCUGUCUGCUCCGCCACAGACUCAAACUGUCCAGUGCGGACGUGACCAGGAUACUCACUGCCCUGCAAGCUUUCAGUGCCAGACAACCGAACUACGUUGAAUACGAGGCGAAUAAACUGUGCAGCUAAUGCCACCGUUUGAUGUUUUGUACUAUUAACUUGCCACAGACAGGCCUGUUUCCUUUGUCAGCUGGAUCCAUUUGUGUCAAGUGUGUGGUAUGUUGUUCAAGGCUUUGUUGUACAUACACUAUGUGCAAUUAAAUUUGAUGUUUUUAUCAUUUCAGUGACGUUUUAUGGAUUAAAGCCCCUGAAAACUUG